AUGCCAGCCCCUGAGCAGAUCCCGAUGGUGGAGGAGGGGCUGCCACAGACAACACAGGAGACUUCCACGGGCCCAGGCAUGGAACCAGAGACCACUGCCACUACCAUUUUAGCUUCUGUAAAGGAACAGGAGCUCCAAUUUCAAAGACUUACCAGAGAACUGGAAGUGGAAAGGCAAAUUGUGGCUAAUCAGCUAGAAAGAUGUAGGCUGGGAGCAGAAUCACCAAGUAUCGCCAGCACAAGCUCUACUGAGAAGUCAUUUCCUUGGAGAUCAUCAGAUCCCCAGACCACCAGUGUGCACAAACCCCAAGUGUCAGAGAGCAUUCACACCAAUGCCUAUGACAUUAGGACAGAACCAGAGCAAGGGAGCCUCUACUCACCAGAGCAGACGUCUCUUCAUGAAAGUGAGGGGUCUGUAGGCAACUCAAGAAGCUCUACACAGAUGAACUCUUACUCUGACAGCGGGUACCAGGAAGUAAGCAGUUUCCAUAACAGCCAGAACUUGAGCAAAUCAGAAAGCAGACAGCAGCAUUCCCUAAUUGGAACCACUAAUAACCAUUUGGUGAGGAGCUCAAGAGCUGAAGGGCAGGCAUCAGUCCAGCCGUCCGUAGGUACCAACCGAGUCAUGAGGCGCGUCAGCUCGGUGCCAUCCCGAGCACAGUCCCCCUCCUACAUGGUCAGCACGGGUGUCUCCCCUUCCAGGGGGUCGCUGCGGGCGUCCCUGAGCAGCAGCUAUGGCUCUCCAUCAGCCGCCGAGCAGAGGUCCCUCCCUUCUCACCCCUACUCCUCCACGACGCUGCCGGCACCACGGGCGGCCUCACCCUACGCCGCCCAAAGACCCUCGUCCCCCGGCACCGUGCGGCGCGUCGGUUCCGUUACCUCCCGCCAGCCCGCCAACCCCAACGGCACCGCCGCCCACUACCAGCCCUCCGGCAGGGUCGGCUCCCCUCUGGGCCUCGCUGACCUACAAACCAGAGUGGCGUCCCCAUCCCAGACGCAGCUGGGGUCCUCCUCCCCCAAGCGCUCUGGCAUGACCGCGGUGCCGCAGCACCUGGGCGCCACGCUGCAGAGGACGCUGCACGACGUGGAGCAGUACGGGCAGCAGUAUGAGAUCUACGAGAGGAUGGUGCCACCACGCCCAGACAGCCUCACAGGCCUGAGGAGCUCCUAUGCCAGCCAGCACAGCCAGCUGGGCCAGGAGCUGCGCUCAGCCGUGUCUCCAGACCUGCACAUCACCCCCAUCUACGAAGGCAGGACCUACUACAGCCCCCUGUACCGCAGCCCCAACCACGGGGCCGUGGAGCUGCACCAGGGCUCUCAGUCAGCCUUGUACCGCACAGGCUCAGGAGUGGGCAACCUGCAGAGGUCCUGCAGCCAGCGCAGCACGCUGACCUACCAAAGGAACAACUACGGCCUGGGCAGCGCCGCGCCCUACGCCGAGCCCUACCGGGCGGUGCAGUACCGGCUGUCCGAGGCCAGCUACAGCCGGCUGCAGCACGCCGCGCCCGCCGACGACGGCACCACACGCUCCCCCUCCAUCGACAGCAUUCAGAAGGACCCCAGGCAAUUUGCCUGGCGAGACCCUGAGCUGCCUGAGGUCAUUCACAUGCUCCAGCACCAGUUCCCAUCGGUGCAGGCCAACGCCGCUGCCUACCUCCAGCACCUCUGCUUCGGGGAUAACAAAGUGAAAACAGAGGUGUGCAGGCUUGGAGGCAUCAAGCACCUGGUUGACCUCUUGGAUCACCGAGUCCUGGAAGUUCAGAAGAACGCUUGUGGUGCACUGAGGAACCUUGUUUAUGGGAAGUCCACCGAUGAGAACAAGAUAGCAAUGAAGAAUGUUGGGGGGAUCCCUGCCCUCCUGCGGUUGCUGAGGAAAUCUGUGGAUGCUGAAGUAAAAGAGCUUGUCACAGGGGUCCUCUGGAACCUGUCCUCGUGUGACGCAGUGAAGAUGACAAUCAUCAGAGACGCGCUGUCGCCGCUGACGAGCACGGUGAUCGUGCCCCACUCGGGCUGGAACAGCUCUUCCUUCGACGAGGAUCACAAAAUCAAAUUCCAGACUUCCCUGGUGCUGCGCAAUACCACAGGCUGCCUGAGGAACCUGAGCUCAGCGGGAGAGGAGGCCCGGAAGCAGAUGAGGUCCUGUGAGGGGCUGGUGGAUUCGCUGCUCUAUGUGAUCCACACGUGCGUGAACACGUCGGAUUACGACAGCAAGACGGUGGAAAAUUGUGUGUGCACCUUGAGAAACCUUUCUUACCGCUUGGAGCUGGAGGUACCUCAGGCACGGCUGCUGGGAAUCAAUGAACUGGAUGACUUGUUAGGAAAGGAGUCGCCUAGCAAAGACUCGGAGCCCAGCUGCUGGGGGAAAAAAAAGAAGAAGAAAAAAAAAACUUCACAGGAGGACCAGUGGGACGGAGUUGGCCCCAUCCCAGGAUUUUCCAAGUCCCCCAAAGGGGUGGAGAUGCUGUGGCACCCAUCCGUGGUGAAACCGUACCUAACGCUGCUGGCGGAGAGCUCCAACCCAGCCACCCUGGAGGGCUCUGCAGGAUCUCUCCAGAACCUCUCUGCAGGCAACUGGAAGUUCGCAGCGUACAUCCGAGCUGCUGUCAGGAAGGAGAAGGGGCUGCCCAUCCUGGUGGAGCUGCUGAGAAUGGACAACGACAGAGUGGUCUCGUCUGUGGCAACUGCCUUGAGAAACAUGGCGCUGGACGUGCGGAACAAGGAGCUCAUCGGCAAAUACGCCAUGCGGGAUCUGGUGAACCGCCUGCCAGGGGGCAACGGCCCCAGCGUGCUGUCGGAUGAGACCGUGGCAGCCAUCUGCUGCGCCCUGCACGAGGUCACCAGCAAGAACAUGGAGAACGCCAAGGCCCUGGCCGACACCGGCGGCAUAGAGAAGCUGGUGAACAUAACGAAAGGCAGAGGGGACAGAUCAUCGCUGAAGGUUGUGAAGGCAGCUGCCCAGGUGCUGAACACACUAUGGCAGUACCGGGAUCUCCGCAGCAUCUAUAAAAAGGAUGGAUGGAAUCAAAGUCAUUUUAUAACACCAGUGUCAACGUUAGAGCGAGAGAGAUUCAAGUCACAUCCUUCUCUGUCAACAACCAAUCAACAGAUGUCACCCAUCAUGCAGUCAGUUGGCAGCACGUCCUCGUCACCGGCACUGCUGGGCAUUCGUGAGCCCCGCUCCGAGUAUGACCGCACCCAGCCCUCUGUGCAGUACUACAGCAGCCAGGGCGAUGGCAUCGCACAUAAAGACAUCUACACUGGUUCCAGCAAACCUUCACCAAUUUACAUCAGUUCCUAUUCCUCACCAGCAAGAGAACAAAACAGACGACUACAGCAUCACCAGUUGUACUACAGUCAAGAAGACACCACCAGAAAGAACUAUGACACGUACAGGUUAUACUUGCAGUCCCCACACAGCUAUGAAGACCCCUAUUUUGAUGACCGAGUUCACUUCCCUGCCGCGUCAGAUUACACAGCACAGUAUGGACUGAAAUCCACCACAAACUACGUAGACUUUUAUUCCACCAGACGCUCCUCUUACAGAGCAGAACAGUACCCAGGUUCACCUGACUCCUGGGUGUAGCAUCAAAGAGGAAAGAACAGUCGUGUGUUUCUCACCUUGCUUGAGAAGAAAUGGAAUGGCCUCCUUUGUUGUUUUGGUUAUGAAAUGUGAAAGUGAAUUUAAAAAGAAGGAACA